CUACAGACCACGAUGUAUCUCCGCGCCGUCCACGCCGAAACACACAUCCCCCUCCUCCAACAAUUCAUCCGCGACAAUCCCCUCGGGAUCCUCACAACCGCCACCAAAUCCCUCAAGUACCCCCUCCUGCAAUCGAGCCACAUCCCCUUCGUCCUCGACAUUCCAGACUCUCCCACCGACAAUGCCGAUUCCGAUCCCGCCCCAGGGACUCUCCGCGGGCACAUCGCCAAACAAAACCCGCAAGCAAAAGCCCUAAUGGAAGCUCUGGCCCAGCACCAAUCCCAAACCCAAUCUACAACCCUCGAACUCCCCGACGAAGUCCUCAUCCUCUUCAACGGCCCACACCACCACUACGUCGUGCCCACCUGGAACUACUCCGCCGUGCAGGCCUACGGCAAGAUCAGGGUGUACUGCGACUCCAAGGCCGAGGAGACGGGUGCGUUCCUGUCGCGCCAGGUGAAUGAUUUAUCGCGGCAUGCGGAGACCGCGAUUAUGGGGUAUACUGGGGGUGAGAGGCCAGGCCCGUGGGAGGUGAGCAAUGCGCCGGAGCCGUAUGUGGAGCUUCUUAAGAAGAACAUUAUCGGGGUGGAGGUGAGGAUUGAGCGGUUGCAGGGGAAGUUUAAGAUGAGGGUGGUUGAGGGGUUUGAGAAGCUGGGGACGGAGGUUGGGAUGGGCAUAGCGAAGACAGUGAAGGAGAGGGGGAACUGAAGGAUAAGAAGUAGCCUUUUUUAUAGAUUGCAUUUGAUGUUGGCCAUGAUAGAACUGGGCUUCCUGAUUAGGAAAUGCUUGCAGAUAAGGUAGGAG